GGUUGGCAACAUUGAAUUAACAAGAAAGAUCGUGGAAAACACGUGUUACUUUCGUAGUAUGUGCUGUUUCGAAUAGUUAUCAUGGCCAAAUUUCAUAAGAAACAAAGCAAGCGUAUGACUUGUAGAAGGAAGUAUAAAAUACAAAGAAAAGUAAGAGAACAUAAUAGAAAAAUGAAAAAAGAAGCCAGAAAGAAGAAAAAUCGAGGUAAAAAGAAGGAUCCUGGUAUACCUAAUAGCUUACCAUUUAAAGAAAAAAUUCUUCAAGAAAUUGAAGAACAUAAAAAAAAUAAGGAAAUAAACAAAAUUGAAAAAAUGGAUUCUUCUACAACUAAAACUCUAAUAGAUCUUCAAGAUGAUGCCAUGAAAAGAUCGGAAGAUUAUGCAAAUAUGGUGAAUUUACAAAAUAUAUCUAAAGAAAGUGAAAUUGAAAAAAGUGAUAUGGAAAAGAUUCAGAGAGAUCAUAAAUUUUAUAAAGAAUUCUAUCAGGUUGUUGAAUCGGCCGACGUAAUCUUGCAUGUGUUGGAUGCAAGAGAUCCUUUGAAUACUCGCUGUUCUCAGGUGGAAAAGGCAGUUAUCAACAGUGGAACAAACAAAAAGUUAAUUCUUAUACUAAAUAAAAUUGAUCUUAUUCCACGUGAUAAUUUGUUGCAAUGGUUGAAAUAUUUAAGAAAUGAAUUACCCACAGUAGCUUUUAAAGCAAGUACUCAAGAUCAAAAUGACAAUUUGUCUCAGAUCAAAUCAGAUGCUUUACGGUGCUCCUCUCGGGCUCUUCAUUCGAGUAAAUGCAUCGGUGCAAACAUGCUAAUGAAGUUGUUGCAGAAUUACUGUCACGACAAAGGAAUUACGUCGUCAAUCAAAGUCGGAGUAGUAGGCUUUCCUAAUGUUGGUAAAAGUAGCAUUAUUAAUAGUCUGAAGCGUUGUAAAGCUUGUAAUGUUGGAGCAGUUCCGGGCAUUACAAGGGUGGCCGAAGAAGUACAGUUGACUAAAUUAAUAAGACUGAUUGACAGUCCUGGAAUCGUGCAUGAAAAAAAUGAAAAAUCUGAUCUAUCGUACGCGACUAUUGCCAAGGUAGAAGAUUUAAAAGAUCCCGAAUCCAUUGUGUCAUCGAUAAUUCAGAGAAUUAGUACUGAUCAGUUGAUGUUACAAUAUAAACUUCCUGAAAUAUCUUCUCCUCAAGAAUUUUUGUACACAUUAAGUAAACGUUUGGGAAGGUUCAAAAAAGGUGGCGUACCAGACACGGAAAUGGCUGCUAGAAAAUUUCUGAAUGACUGGAACAAAGGAAAGAUAAAAUAUUUCACUCAUCCUCCGAUCGACAGAGAACGUCCAUCAUACAUCAGUGCCGAAAUAGUUGCUGAAAUGGGAAAAGAUUUUAACCUGACUUUACUCGAAACCGAAGAGAAUGAACUUAACGACCUGGUCGUUGUCACUCCAAAUGAGGCAUUGGAAGUAAAAAGUAAAGAAGAAAAAAUGGAUGAUGAUAACCAUCAAAUAUCAUUAUUUAUAGACGAAAAAAAGAACCAAGAAAACAUUUCAAACAAUAAUACCCAAAAAAUAUCACAAGAUGACGAUGACGUAAAGAAAUUAUUAGCUGGAAAAUGUUUGAACAAAAUGAGGAAAAAAGAACUUAAAAGAUUAAAAAAGAAAAGAAAAAGAGCAGAAAAAGCGGCAAACAAAUUAGCAGAUUCUCUGGAUGCUGCUCUGUCUUCAUUGGGAGAUUAACAUUGUCAUUAAUAAAGAAAUAAAAAU